ACUGCAACAAAUGUGCCUGCUCUCUUCUGCAGUAAAAGCCGGAGGAAAACGGGUGGCCAAGAAAAGCUUGGAAGACGGUGGCACCCAUGGGACUCCAGAGAAGGAAACCAAGAGGUCUGAUAAACUGAGCAGGUCCCUCGCCACCACCAACAGGAUGCAACAAGUUGGCAUACUUCUGGCAGGGACUCUUGACAAGCUGAGCCACGACUUCCCGGAGACGCCGGUGAGCGUGAGGCACAGCAAGGUGCGCCCCGGGGUGGAGAAGCAUCACGCCCCUCGGACCUUCUUCAUCCAGCAGCCCAGGAAGUGUUGAACGUGCUUCCAGAGGGAAAGCGCGUGAAGUCGACUGUGAAACACCAACGACGUGUCAGACACACUAGAGGACGGACAGGUUGUCUGUCGAGGGAACAGAAAGUUUUUCAUUGAGCUCAGUUUAUUUAGAAGGAACAAAAAUGAGCUUUUUUUGUUUUGUUUUUUUGGCCUGUGCUUGUUCGUGAGAAAACUAUAAACCAGCAUUUUGUGUAUCAUUCCUAGUGUUGUAAGAGAAAAUGCUGUAGUUGUAUCUACAAACUGAUGGGAAAACAGAUGGUGUUGGAGUAUGUGUAAAGUGGAGGGUUGUGCAUUAGGUUUAUGGGAAAGCUUUUUAAGUGAAAGUUUCACUGUGUAUUGUUCAGCAAAUGUGUUCGAUUUAUUAAAAAAAAAAAAAAAAAAAAAAAAAAA